AUGGCAUCUCCAGUACUGCUGUUGCCUUCCUCAGAUGGCUUUGAUUUCGACGACUCAGAAGCCGAAGAGGGCGUCGACCAGCUCUACUCCGACACAGAGGACGAUGGCACCACACCGAAAAAGAGUGCCGUAAAAUCAAACAGACCUGUCGGCGACACGAUUCUCCCCCAGCAAAGGCUAGAGAACAUCAUACAGAACGACGGAGUGACAGGAAGCCUAGCUCUUUCCAAAGAGGCUUUGUUCUUGGUCUCACUAGCUGCGGAGGAGUUCAUCAAAAAGCUUGCCCGAGCAGGCAGGCAGCAAGCUGAUGCGGGCAGAAGGAACCUAAUCCUCUACCGUGAUAUGUCAAUGGCGACACAGCAAUAUCAAGAGUUCAUGUUCCUACGCGACACGAUACCUUGCCCUAUAUCAAUUGUGGAGGCCCUCCAGCUGCGAGAAGCCAAGGAGUUGGAAGCUAUUGAAGCGGACCCAGCCAUGGUGGGCGCACCCUCAGUCGGACCCUCAGCGGCGCCAUCUAUCGUUGCUGCCUCAGCCACCCCCUCAGCUGUUCAUUCAGACGACCAGAGUAUCUCCUUCGUACCAAAAGCCAGCUCCAAAGAAAGAACCACCACAAAUGGCAGGUCUCACAACGGUUCUUCAAGCCGAUACGAAGAGCGGUCAUCAUCCUUGCAAAUUGACGACGUAUCUCAAAGGAGCGCUUCUCGUACCGGUAGUAUAGAUCCCGUUCCCGCUGCAUCGUCGCUGCGCUCUAGGAGACCUGCAGGAGACGAAAGGUUGAGUUCCAAAGCGCCGUCCCCGUUACCAUCAUCAUCGCGCAAUAACUCAGUUGGCCUCAACGGCCACUCUCACACGACCACCCCAGCACCAGCAGGUGAAGACGGUAUCAAGAUCAAACAGCAGUCGCCUCCGUACGAUCCCCAACGGAACGGCAACAACUUGCUCGGGCCAGGGCAACCGCCGCCGUUGGCAGGACCUGCUAGCGGGUUUCUUCAAGAUACCAAGGGACCAUUUGUUCGUGGUGGGCAAAUUCCUGGCAGGACUAUAUACUCACAGGAUCGUCCCCCACAGUGA